ACGAUUUUGUGACAAGAAGCCCUACUAUUACACACAAUGAAUUGUUCCUUAGUUUAACAGCAUGUUUAUCUGGUAGAAUAUCUUAAAGUCAGUCAAAGUUCAAGCUACACCUCAAUGCAGGGAGAAAGGCACCAAUUACAGUUUUAAACCAUACCGCAGAAGUAUUGGUGUGCAAGUUGGCGAUACAUAUGUAGAUAAAAAUCUAACAGAAGAAGGGAAUAAAUCAAAAUAUGGUGACCUUUCUGAUAUUGGAGACUAUGAAUCAAACAGUGAUACGAAUAGUGAGGAUGAAUCAGAGUUUGAAUAUAGGCCUGAAUCUACAGACGAAUCAUCAGAUGUGAGCAGUCUAAGUAAUGGAGAGUCAGAAGAUCCUUAUACACAAAGAAAUUUUAUUAUUAACAAGUCCACUUUACUGCAACUUUUCCAAAUGUGUCAUGUUUGCUAUUCCUCAUCUACUAAUAGCAGAGUGACUACCACUUUUGGUACACUAAUUAAAGUGGUUAGCGAGUGCAAUUUUUGUGGACAUAUUUAUAACUGGACGAGUCAGCCUUUCAUUGGUACUAUCCCUGCAGCUAAUUUGAUGAUGUCUUGUGCUAUUUUAUUUUCGGGAUCUCUACCUACUCAGUCUUUACGACUUUUUGAUUUUAUGAACAUCAACCACAUAUCAUCCUCAACAUACAUGGAGCAUCAAAAGUUUUAUUUGUACCCAGCUGUGACUGAGAACUGGCAAGAUUUUCAAGAUACAUAUAUUCAGAGAAAGCGAGGUAGUACCAUUGUUGUUGGAGGUGAUGGUCGUGCCGACACACCAGGACACUGUGCAAAGUAUGGGUCUUAUUGUAUGAUGGAUCUAGACGAGAACAAAAUCAUCACUGUAGAAUUGAUUCAGAGUAAUGAAGUUAAAUCCAGUGUACAUAUGGAGAAAGAAGGACUUAUCCGCUGUGUUGACUGGCUGAAAACCUACAAUAUAGAUAUAGGAACAUUUGUAUCAGACAGGCACCUACAAAUCCAAAAGUGGGUCAGAGAAAAUUUAGAUGGCACAAAUCAUUUCUAUGAUGUGUGGCAUGUGAGCAAGGGUCUAAAGAAAAAAAUGGCAUCAUUGUCAAAAGAAAAAGAAUGCGAAGAUGUGGGUUUGUGGACAAAAAGCAUCAUAAACCACCUGUAUUGGUCAGCUGGCUCCACUGAAGAUGGAGAUGGGAAUGUUAUGUGGGCGAAGUGGGAGUCCAUAUGCAACCAUGUUCAAAAUGUACGAGGGGCAUAGUGAAUUUUUUCCAAAAUGUUAUCAUGAGGAUGGAUUGAAAAGAAAAUGGCUAAAACCAGGUACUAAAGCUUGUGAGAAGUUGACAGAUUUACUAACUACAAAUCAAGUAAGAGAGAUGUCAAGAAACUUUCUCCGAUCUACCAAACAUCAAAUAUAGAAGCCUACCAUAGUGUCGUAAAUCAUUUUGCCCCUAAAAUGAUAGGGUUUUCGUUUCAUGGAAUGCA